UUUCGUCGCGACAUAUUUGUUCUGUACGGACAUAGAGUUGUCUAUGUGUACGGAGCAUAGAUAAUCAUAUGGUACGGAGCUAUAUUUAUUAAAAAAAAUGUCCUGUACGCUUGAAAUUUUGAUAAACAACGAAGAAGAAUGGUUAAAGAAGCUGGAAAACGAAGAUUUUUGGAACUCCAUUCCUCUAUUAAACGUAAACGAAGUUCAUAAUAUAAAAAACUUGAGUUUGGUUAGAUUUAAAGGUAUGAUACAGGAUAUGCAGAAUCCUGAGUAUUACUUGGAGAAAUACGAAGUCACUAAUAGGGAUACAAAUGAGAAGUAUGUGAAAAAUGGGAAAUACAGUGAUGUUAUACUGCAAAGUGAUAAUGAAGAUGUUGAUUAUGAUAAUGAAAAUAAUAAAACCAGUGAAAGGCAGACUUAUGUUGUUAUUUCCACUCCAGGGGUUAAUAAAUGGGUCGAUUCAUUGGAAGAGGAAUUUAAUAAGUGUAAAAGUGAUGUUAACGAAGUGGAACACAUUAAAACAGACAAGAGAUCACUUGAAGAUGAGGAAAUGGAAACAGAAGUUGUUAAAAAUUCAGAACUGUAUAAAAAACAAUGUACAGAGGAAAAAAUUGAAGCAACAAGUAGUGAUAAAGGUAAUUCCUCUGUAGUUUCCAAAGAACACAUUCUGAAUUUUCCUCUACCAGAUAGAAUGGGUAAAAAAUGUCAUGUUAAGGUAUAUGAUGAAACAAAUACUUUAAAACUUAAUGAUACAGUGGAAAUAGUAGGUUUUCUUUCAUGCAAUCCAUUCUUAGCGACAAUAAACGAGGAGGAGGAUGAAAGUAGAAUGGAAAUUGAAAGUAGUCAUCCCCCUGCAUCUAUAGUGCCUAGAAUACAUUGUGUUAAAUAUAAAAAAAUAAUACACUUAAAUCCUUUGGUUACAUCACAAAAUUUAACAAGUGAAAGAAUGCUGUUUUUAAAGAAAGAAUUAAUGAUAUUAUUUACACAAUUAUUACUAGGUGAUGAUUUAGCAGCUGAUUAUCUAAUAUGUAACCUCAUAUCUGAUGUUUAUUUGCGUAAAGAUUUCAUGCCACUGGGAAAAUUCUCAAUAAACAUCACUAACAUACCUAUAAUGCAAAAAAUUGACUACACCAAAACUUUAUAUGAAUUUAUAGAAAUGUUGGUACCAAAAUCACAUUAUUUCCCAAUGACCUUAGAGAAUUUAAAUGACCAGACCUUCAUACCAAAAAAAGAUUACGAUUGUAACCGCCUAACAAGUGGAAUAUUACAGUUAUCCAAAAACACACAUUUUAUCCUUGACGAAACUAAGUUAACUGAUGGAAAACUCAAUGCAGCAGGUGUAAACAACAUAAAAGCUAUUGCAUCCUGUAUUAAAAACCAAAAAAUAGCCUAUGAUUUCAACUAUUAUCCCAUAGAAUAUGAAGUUGAUAUCCCAUUCUUAAUUCUAUCAGAAGGUAAAUCUAUGUUGACUCCAGAUGUUCAUAUUACUUUACAACCUGAUGAAACUUGUCUCAGAACGUUUUCAGAAAUCGUAGAAGCAGCUAAACAGUUCCUAAAUAAUGAUCUCUUGAAUGAAUUACGAGUGUACCUCACUUUUGCCAGAUUAAUUAAAUAUGAAAUCUCUGACAAAAUCCAGGAUUUAGUGCAGCAAGAAUUUGUUAAUAUGCGUCAAAAAGAAAAGAAUAUAUCUGCAGAUAAUUUGCACAACUUACUGGUUUUAGCAAGAUUAGUAUGCAUUUCCGAAGGAAAAUCCACUUUGGAUGAACAUUGCUGGAAAAAAGCUCUUCAUAUGGAAGAAAUUCGUAAAUCCCGCCUUCCAGCGCACACAUAAUUUAUUAUACGUACUCCUAUUUAUUCCCAUUUUUAUACUAAUUGUUCAAUAAAAUUGUUUAAACAUC